GAUCAAAUUUCGCCCCGCUUUCCUCUGUCGGAACCUCAGCAGACAUCAUCGAUCGAUUUCGAGAGAAACCAGGAGGGCAGAAAUCUUCGUCCCGAUCCGUCUCGCGCUCGCUCGUCGUCUUGGUUCGGAGGAGUUGAGAGAGGAAGAAGAAGAAGAAGAUGGGAGAACGGAAGGUGCUGAACAAGUAUUACCCGCCGGAUUUCGACCCUUCGAAGCUGCCUAGGGCUCGGCGGCCCAAGAACCAGCAGAUCAAGGUCCGGAUGAUGCUUCCGAUGAGCAUCCGGUGCACCACCUGCGGCAAUUACAUCUCCAAGGGGACCAAGUUCAAUUCCAGAAAGGAGGACGUGAUGGGCGAGACGUAUUUGGGGAUCCAGAUAUUCAGGUUUUACUUCAAAUGCACCAAGUGCUCUGCCGAGCUCACCAUGAAGACCGAUCCCCAGAAUUCGGAUUACGUUGUGGAGUCGGGGGCGUCGAGAAAUUUCGAGCCCUGGCGUGAGCGGGACGAGGUGGUGGAGAAUGAGAAAAGGAAGAGGGAGGCUGAAGAGAUGGGCGACGCCAUGAAGUCGCUGGAGAAUCGGACGUUGGAUUCCAAGAGAGAGAUGGAUAUUCUUGCGGCGCUCGAUGAGAUGAAAUCCAUGAGAUCUCGACAUGCAACUGUGAGCGUAGAUGCAAUGCUAGAGGCCUUACAACACACAUCUGCUGUAAAGGAAAAGAAACUGGAGGAAGAGGAUGAAGCGCUGAUUAAAUCAAUAGUAUUCCAUACAUCCAAAGAUUUUGUCCAUAGGAUUGAAGAUGAGGAUUCUGAGGAUGAGGAAAAUUUGUCUCCACUUUCUGCUGGUAAUCACGAAUCGGCGAACGGUACUCUCAAGAAGAGGAAAUUGUCUGAGGAAUUUCCAGACAAGCCAACAGAUACCUUGACAAAAGCUACUGCCAGUGACUUCUUAGAUGACAGAGGAAAUUUUGGUGGUUCGAAAGACCGGAGCGAGAGAAAAUUGUUGUCAAAUUCUUUGGUGCAGAUUGCUGUGGUAAAGAAAGUGGCUCCAACAUCCAGCGUUAGUGCUUCAGCAAAAAUAGAAGAGACUAAAAAAGAGGAUAAGAAUGGUGGUCUGAGCAUUGGACUACAAUCAUUGUGUCAAAGCUAUGGAAGUAGUGACGAUGAUGAUUGAAUUGUGGGUUUAUGUGCAAAUGAUAUGAUUCUUUCUCUCUUGUGUCAGUAGAAAGCUUACUGUUCUACAAUCUACAUUGGGCUUUUUGUUCUUAACACCGGCACUGGACUGAUUUAAUAGUCGGUUUCAUGACCAGGUUUCGAGCAACACCAACCAGAGAGUUGAACUGGGCCGCUAUUUAAAUUGUUUAACACUUCUUUUGUUGCUGGGCAA